CCUGUUUUGUUUUUCUGUACAUGUUGAAAUGUUCAUAUUUGUUGACCUUUAUUAAGUUAAUAAUUUUUUAAGUUAUCUAAGAAACUAGUGGGAAUAGGAGAAGUAGGAAAAGCAGACAUGCAUUGUGGAAUGUCUUACAUAACAAAUCACUAGUUAGUUUCUUGACAGGACAGACAAUGCCUGACCAAAGGAAGGAUGUGGGAAGAUAGAGAUACAGCAGGCCUGAGUUUCUGAAUACACCAAAGCAAAACACUUUUGGAACCAGUCAAGCUUCUGGGGGAGGGGAAAGGAGGAAGUAAACAAGCUAGAAUUAGAAAAAUCCGCAUCUUAUUAAGAGGAAGAAACAAAGGAAAAAACAAAGAAUCAUCAUCUUCAGAAUAAAAACUCUGUAACAGAAGAAAUAUUGAAGCACAUAAUUCUGUAAGAAUCAGAAGAACUGACCAGAAAAUGAACUAUUAAAGAAGACAAGUAUACAACAGCUAUUCAGAGCUAUUUCUGCAAGGUUAUCAUCCAAGGACCUCAAUCCGGGCUUAGAUUUAUCUGUGUGCCAUAAGAAUACAGUCAAAAAGAAAUUCCCUUCUGCUGAAAACCAUUAAAGGUAUCAGUUGAUCCAGUUGCGAUUAGAGGCAGACAAUCAAGCAAAAGGUCACCAGAGUAAAAGAAGCAUAACCAGGUGAACACCCAAAAGAUAAUGUCAAAUUCUGACACAAAUAUGGAAGUAACUAAAAGCUUCAGCCUAGAAGAGGAUUUUGAAGGACAGGCCACACAUACAGGGCCCAAAGGAGUUAUCAAUGAUUGGAGAAAGUUUAAAUUGGAAAGUGAAGACAGUGAUUCCGUCCCACCCAACAAGAAGGAAAUUCUCAGACAGAUGUCUUCUCCUCAAUGUCGAGAUGAUAAAGACACAAAAGAAAGAUUUGGCCGGAAGAUGAGUGUGCAAGAAUAUGAACUCAUUCAUCAGGAGAAAGAGGAUGAAAACUGUCUCCGUAGAUAUCGUAAACAAUGCAUGCAAGACAUGCACCAGAAGCUAAGUUUUGGACCCAGGUAUGGGUUUGUAAGAGAGCUGGAGAAUGGGGAACAGUUCUUGGAAGCCAUUGAGAAGGAACAGAAGAUCACCACCAUCAUCGUUCACAUCUAUGAAGAUGGUAUCAAGGGCUGUGAGGCCCUGAACAAUAGCCUCAAUUGUCUUGCUGCAGAAUACUCUAUGGUAAAAUUCUGUAAAAUCAAAGCUUCUAACACAGGUGCUGGGGAGCGCUUCUCCUCAGAUGUGCUUCCUACAUUGCUGGUCUACAAAGGUGGGGAGCUUAUCAGCAAUUUCAUUAGUGUCUCUGAGCAGUUUGCUGAAGAUUUUUUUGCUGUGGAUGUUGAGUCUUUCCUAAAUGAAUAUGGGUUACUUCCCGAAAGGGAGAUCCAUGCACUGGAACAGGCCAGCAUGGAAGAUGAAGAUAUUGAAUAACUUAAGCUAUAAUAUUUCAAUAUCUCAAAUUUUUCCUUUUAAUAUUACAAAGAGAUCUUUUUUUUUCUUUCUUCUCUUUUCUUCCACAGAAAAAUAUGUGUGGUAGUUGCUAUUCUAACAUGUAAAAAAACCUAACACAAUAAGUGUAUAUUUGGCUUAUGCAGAUUUCUUAGCUUUGAACCUAGAUUUCUUUUUAGGUCAAUAAUAUCACCCUCUAACUAUGAGUGUUAGGAUAUAGCCUUCAGCAAUGUUAUAAACAGAUUUAGAAAGAACUAAUGAUAUUUUGACAUUUUGGACAGAAUCAAUUUUCUUUGGGGGGAUUUUUUUUUUAAAGUUCUAGCCUUUCUCCCUUUGGUUCAGUCCUCAGAUUUACUAUUUGAGAAGUUUUAAAUAAGGAACUACCUAUAUUCUGCUUAUGUAACACUAAUGAAGCCACAAAAAUAGAUAUUUUUUCUUUGCGAAAAAUUCAUUCCUUCUUACUGACUGAAUUUUGCAAGGCCCUGGGGAAAAAAAAAAGAAAUUCCCCAAAUGUGAUGCAAAAUCAUUGUCAUAUAUGUCAAGAAAACAAAUAAAGAACUAGUCCAUGGUGCA